CUCGGCACUCGGCAUUUUCGCGAUGGCACCUAACCUAUAAGUUACAGACUUCUGAAAGAACAUAUAUGUGAUGAAUCUUUAGGUUUUUCAAUUUUAUCGCUUUAACUCGAAAAUUGUAAAAUAUUCAUCAUGAAUUCGCUCAUUAGCAAAUUAUUUGAUCGCAAAGUGGCUGGUAAUGCUUUACUGCAGAUCCAAGCUUUAGCAAGUGUGUCAGCUAGGACAUCUUCUAGCAAUCCCAUUAAAAUACCUGACAGGAUAGAACGAGGACCUACUGAUAUACUUGAAGCAUUAGAAACUACUAUUCAUAGAGAUCCUACUGCUGCAGACUACAAGUACAUUGAUGAUCCUUUUCUCAUUCCAAACUCAUUGAGUAAAAAACGAACCUACUCUCUUUCACGAGAAUCUGGAAAAAAAGCUGCCAUGUGGAUAUUGCAACAACAUCCAGAUCUCUUGACGAGUGAGCUAUCAGAACCAUUGAUUGAAGCUUUUCUACCACCCAAAAAGUAUGAAAGUAAAGAUCAGGUUACUGAAGAGAUUUUACUAAAGUUUAUAAGUAAAGGUCAAGUAACUGAAGCUAUUCACAUAUACAACUUAUUAGACAAGGAUGUCUCAAAAUCAGCAAAGCAAUGCAUGUUAGAGAUGUUGUGUUUUUAUAAUAGUCAUGGAGAUCAAAUUCCAGAAGAGUUUACUGAAGAAAGAUCUUAUCAACAAGAAAAAGAAAUAUCAAAAAAUAUAUGGAUGGAAACUGCAGAGAUUGAAGCUAUUUUUGGGGAAUUAAGAAAUGAUCCUGAAACGGCUCCUCAAGCUUAUAGUGCUUUAAUUAGUGGCACAGCAAAGUAUUUAAAAGUUGACAGGGCUUGGAAACUUUAUGAAGAAUGUUUGCAGAAAAAUAUACCUAUUUCAGUAUCAGCAUACAAUAUGCUUAUGCAGAUUGUUCCACUAUUGAAAGAUAAUAAUGAAGAGCGUAAAGCUCUUUUACUUACUCUCUUACAAGAUAUGGUUAAGCAACCUUUACGACCUAAUGUUGGAACAUUGAAUUCAAUGCUCAAAAGUAUAUCAACUUUACAAACUCAGGGUUUGAGCAAAACUUUAUCUCUUGAUAUUCUGACUGAAUUCAAAAAUUUUGGAAUUACGCCAAGUCUGGGAACUUACUAUUAUUUAUUGUUAAUUUUCUGCCGGCAAAAUGGUCCCACCAGUCAUAUUUUAUUAGAAAUACUAGAUGAGUUAGAAGCAAAAUCUGAAUUUGAAAUGCAAGACCCAGCAGAUAGAGCAUUUUUUGGUCAAGCAAUGGAGGUGGCUGCACAUCAUAUUCAAAAUAUGGAGGCAGGACAUCGACUGCACAAACUUCUUCUCACAAAAGACAACUAUAAAUUCAUUGGUGGUCGACUGAAAGAAAGCGUAUACUAUCGUAAUUAUUUACAACUUAUACUCAUGAGUGAAACACUAGAAGUAUUUAUGAAUAUUUAUGAUACUUUGGUUCCCAAUGUGUAUAUUCCUGAGCCAGCUGUAAUGAGAAAUAUUGUUGAAAUGUUAGAACUCAAUGAAAAAUCUCUUGCUAUUCAUCAUUUACCAAAAUUGAUGUCACAAAUGGUUCAAUUUGAUAUGUUAGAUAGGCAUCAGAUUAUGAAACUCACUUUCAGAUUAAUGGUUAAACACUGUUCACCGAAAGAAAAAGAUUCACCGCUGCAUAAACAAUAUGCUGAAAUGGCUUGGACUGUUUGGACUCAUAUUCAAGAGUCAAAUCAACGAAGAGUCCAACGUUAUAUGUGGCCUGCCGAUGUGUUUGGUAACAUGUCUGUGUUGUUAGUGCGUGGUAAUGAAUUUGAAAAAAUGCUCGAUAUAUUGAACUUCCUCGUAAAAUCUCCUGACAGUACAAUGGGCAAUAUUAGCUUCUUAGAUCUGCAGGAAUUAUUCAAGGCUGCUAUCGAUCGUGGUCACACUGAAGCGGCGAUGCUUGCCAUAGAAUACGCCAGCGAGAGUGGUUUUUCCGAAGUGACUGAAAUGUCAAAAACCAUGGUGGAAAUUUUGCCACUAAGUGAAUCUCAGGAGAGAAAAUUAGACGAGUUAGUCAGUGGAUCAAUGAGCCAAUCUAGAUUGAACGAAAAAUUGAGAACAGCGAUUAAGAAUCCAACAGCAGAUGUGUAAAUUUUUGGUUUUUCAUAAAAUUUUGUAAGGCAUGUACAUAUAAAAGUAGUUGACUCGUCGUUAGCGUGAACCAAUGAGAAUGAUGUUGUAAUGCAUAAUAUAAUAUGCAUGUAUACUUUGUUAUAAAUGUUUUAAAACGCACCGUAGGCAAAUAAUAAAGCGUAUGGAUAUAAAUAA